AUGGGCCUGCGGAUGGGCUCGCUCGUCUGUUACAUCUUUACAUUUAUUUCGGCCAUUAUUGUCACUGCCGUCGUCGGUAACCUUUUACAAAAAUUUUCGAACCGAAAUGUUCAACUUGUGUAUAUGGAAGUCAUUGCUGUCAUUUCCAUGGUUGUUUAUCUUGUCGGAGCCAUUGCACCAUGCCUCCCCAAGUACGGGGGACUCUUGGCACCUUUGCAUCUCAUCUUCAGCUACCUGUGGCUUACGGCAUUCAUCUUUGCUUCGUUGAGCUGGAGCCACAACCGAUGCCGCAAUUCGUUCCCGGCCCCCGGUAACUGCAGCAAGAAGCAUGCAAUUCAAGCAUGGCUUUUCAUUGGAUUCUUCUUUAUCCUGUGCAAUCUGCUCAUCGAAGUCUUCCUCGUGAGAGCUCACCGACGAAAUGCCGUCAACGAGCCCAGACAUCACCACCACACCAAGGAGCGACCUGAUUCUACCAUCUCUGGAGAAACUGGCACCACUGCACCGCCACCCGUCGCAGCUCCGGGAACUCAGCACAUGGGAGGUCAGCAAAUGGGAACCACCCACCACAUGGGAGGCGAGCACAUGGGAACCAUGGGAACUCAGCAAACCCACACGGCGGCCCCAGCCACCUCCACUGUUGUCUAA